CCGAUUCCGAAUCAUAGCGAUCCUGUAGGGCAGGAUAGAACUGCCCCAUAGUGCUUCAAAGGAGCGGCUGGUGGAUUGAAACUGCUGACCUUUUGGUUAGCAGCCGAGCUCUUAACCGCUACACCAUCAGAGUUCCACAACCAGGACGAGGCUUAGAAGAAUGAAAGGGACCGUGUCAGGGGCUCAGUCUCUCCUACCAUGACCUCCACCGGCCAAGAUUCCACCACAAACAGACAGCGAAGGAGUAGACACAACCCCCACUCACCCUCCCAUAACUCCAGCGUCAUCUCGAAGCGUGGUGUUAAAAAGGGUGCUGUACCCCGCUCCAGCCCUAGUCUAGCAGAGGUAAAGAAGAAAGGCAGAAUGAAGAAGCUCAGCCAAGCAGCAGAGCAAGACCUAAUCAUGGGGCUGCAAGAGCUGGAUCUGAACCUGGAGCCCAAGGCACUGUCUGGCACAGGCUUGGUGUUCGAAGAGCAGCUAAAUGAAUUCCACUGCCUCUGGGAUGACAGCUUCCCUGAAUGCCCUGAGCGGCUCCAUGCCAUCAAGGAGCAGCUGACCCAGGAGGGCCUCUUAGAUCGCUGUAUCUCCUUCCAGGCUCGGUCAGCCAAAAAGGAGGAGCUGAUGUUGGUUCACAGCCUAGAAUACAUUGAUCUGAUGGAGACGACCCAGUACAUGAAUGAGGCGGAACUCCGCAUCCUGGCAAACACCUAUGACUCAGUCUACCUGCAUCCAAACUCAUACACCUGUGCCUGCCUAGCCUCAGGCUCUGUCCUCAGACUGGUGGAUGCAGUUCUGGGGGCCAAAGUCCGGAAUGGCAUGGCUGUCAUCAGGCCUCCUGGACACCACGCCCAGCACAAUCUUAUGGAUGGGUAUUGCAUGUUCAACCAUGUGGCCGUGGCUGCCCGCUACGCUCAGCAGAAGCAUGAUAUUCAGAGGGUCCUUAUUGUGGAUUGGGAUGUGCACCAUGGUCAAGGAACACAGUUCACCUUUGACCAGGACCCCAGCGUCCUGUAUUUCUCCAUCCACCGCUAUGAGCACGGCCAGUUCUGGCCCCACCUUAAGGCCUCUAACUGGUCCGCCACAGGCUUCGGCCGAGGUCAGGGAUACAACAUCAAUGUGCCUUGGAACCAGGUGGGGAUGCGGGAUGCCGACUACAUUGCUGCGUUCCUGCGCAUCCUGCUGCCAGUUGCCCUUGAGUUCCAGCCACAGCUGGUCCUGGUGGCUGCUGGAUAUGAUGCCCUCCAAGGGGACCCCAAGGGCAAGAUGGCUGCCACUCCAGCAGGGUUCGCGCAGCUGACCCACAUGCUCAUGGGUCUGGCAGGAGGCAAGCUGAUCCUGUCUCUGGAGGGUGGCUACAACUACCGCUCCCUGGCUGAGGGCGUCAGUGCCUCGCUCCACACCCUUCUGGGAGACCCUUGUCCCAUGCUGGAGUCCCCUGGUGCCCCCUGCUUGAGUGCCCGAACUUCGAUUUCCUGCACUCUGGUAGCCCUCAAGCCCUUCUGGGAGGUCCUUAUGCAAUCUGCUGAGACCCUCGAGGAGGACUGCGUGGAGAAGGACAAGGAGGAGGGGCCGUGGGAGCCCCCUGUGCCCCAAAUCAUGGCCUGGCCAAUGCUGUGUGCUCGCACAGGGCUGAUCUAUGACCGGCGUAUGAUGAAUCACUACAACUUAUGGGACAACCACCACCCCGAGAUGCCCCAGCGCAUCUCGCGAAUUAUGUGCCAUCUGGAGGGGCUGGGCCUCACUGAGCGCUGCCUCACCCUGCCUGCACGCCCCGCCACAGAUGCCGAGCUGCUCACCUGCCACAGGUGGGGCUGGAACCACCUCACUGCCCACCAGUGCUCGUCUCAUGCCUCCAGUGCUGAGUACAUAGCUCGUCUGCGGGCCACGGAGAACAUGAAGACCCGGGAACUGCACCGUGAGGGCGCCAACUUUGACUCCAUCUACAUCUGCCCCAGCACCUUCACCUGUGCACAGCUCGCCACUGGCGCUGUGUGCCGCCUAGUGGAGGCUGUGCUUGCUGGAGAGGUACUGAAUGGUACUGCUGUGGUGCGCCCACCAGGACACCACGCAGAGUGGGAUGCUGCUUGUGGUUUCUGCUUUUUUAACUCUGUGGCUGUGGCUGCUCGCCAUGCCCAGGCCAUCAGUGGGCAUGCCCUGCGGAUCCUGAUCGUGGAUUGGGACAUCCAUCAUGGUAAUGGAACUCAGCACAUAUUUGAGGAUGACCCCAGUGUGCUCUACAUGUCACUUCACCGCUAUGAUCAUGGCACCUUCUUCCCCAUGGGGAAUGAGGGUGCCAGCAGCCAGAUUGGCCAGGCCCCCGGUGUAGGCUUCACUGUCAACGUGGCCUGGAAUGGGCCCCGCAUGGGUGACCCCGACUACCUGGCUGCCUGGCAUCGUCUGGUACUUCCCAUUGCCUACGAGUUUAACCCAGAACUGGUGCUGGUCUCAGCUGGCUUUGACGCCGCACAGGGAGACCCCUUGGGGGGUUGCCAGGUGUCACCUGAAGGCUACGCCCACCUCACCCACCUGCUGAUGGGCCUUGCCAACGGCCGCAUUAUCCUAAUCCUAGAGGGUGGCUAUAACCUGACAUCCAUCUCGGAGUCCAUGGCUGCCUGCACCCGCACCCUCCUUGGGGACCCACCACCCCUGCUGGGCCCUCUGAGGCCCCCGCUAUCAGGGGCCCUUGCCUCGAUCUCAGAGACUGUCCACGUCCAUCGCAGAUACUGGCGUAGCUUGCGGAUCAGAAAGGUGGAGGACAAGGAGGAGGAACCCUCCAAUUCUGGGCUGGUCACCAAGAAGGAGCCUCAACCAGCCAAUCCUGGGUCAGCCAAGGGGAUGGCCAGGCCAGAAGAAAACAUUCUGGAAGCAGGCAUGGGGAAGGCUACCUCAGCAUCACCUGUGGAGGAGUCCAUUCCAGGCCAGGCUAAGUCAGAGAUAGCCACGGUGGAGCUCGCUAAAGACAAGUCCUUGGAGGUAGCCACUGGUGGGGCCAUGCUGGACCAGACCACCUCAGAGGGGCCUGUGGGGCACACCAAGCUAGCUUCAUGCACUGACAGCCAGACCCCCCCAUCCUCACCUGUGCAGGGAACCACCCCUUACAUAUUCCCCAGAAACUUGAUUGAGAGUCUCAGGACCUUGGAACUAAGCAAUAAGACUCAGAAGGCCCCAGAUUCUCAGACCCCAGAAGAGAAGCUACUAGGAGAGGCAGCUGGAGGUCAGGACUUGGAUGAUUCCAAGCUGAUGGGCUUUGGUGACACUGACGAGGCCACCUUUUAUGCUGUGACACCACUGCCCUGGUGUCCCCAUUUGACGGCAGUCUGCCCCAUACCUGCAGCAGGCCUGGAUGUGACACAACCCUGUCAGGACUGCGGAUCCCUCCAGGAGAAUUGGGUGUGCCUGUCUUGCUAUCAGGUCUGCUGCGGUCGUUACAUCAAUGCCCAUAUGAUCCAACACCAUGAAGACUUGGGACAUCCACUAGUUCUCAGCUUCGUCGACCUGUCUACCUGGUGUUACCACUGUCAGGCAUAUGUCCACCACCAGGCUCUCCUAGAUGUGAAGAAUCUCGCCCACCAAAACAAGUUCGGGGAGGACAUGCCUCGACCACACUAAAUACCAGAACGCACUGUCUCUUCUCCACCUUCUGAGGCCCAAGAUAGACCAGCCCUGGUUCAUUUCAACCUGUACCUUGGAUGAGGGGUAGCCUCUCAUGGAAUCCCAUCCUGAAUACCCUUUACAACACCCCAGGGGUGCUUAUUUAAGUGUAAAUACUUUUAAGAGGACUGUAUUGAUCAAUUGUGGAUCUUCUUUUGCCCAUCUACUCCCCCCAGAGGAAAAGGAGGGCAACUCAGUGCCCCCAAGAGGGGACUGGUAUCAUUGAAGAUGAUGACAUUGGAGGGAGGGAGGAUCAUACCGGCAGGUAUGGCAGGGUUGCAUAUGUAAUAAAGUGCAAGCUGUUACAAAAUCUGGAGAAAGCCUUU